AUGGAGUAUGGCAGUGUUGGAGGGGGAAGUAGUGGCGGUGGUGGUGGAGACCAUGACUCCUCGGACCCCCAAAGGAGGAAGAAGCGUUAUCACCGCCACACUGCUCAUCAGAUUCAGAAGUUGGAGUCAAUGUUUAAGGAGUGUCCACACCCAGAUGAGAAACAAAGGUUACAGUUAAGUAGAGAGUUGGGUUUGGCACCAAGACAGAUCAAGUUUUGGUUUCAAAACAGGAGGACCCAGAUGAAGGCUCAACAUGAAAGAGCAGAUAACUGUGCUCUUAGAGCUGAGAAUGAUAAGAUCCGAUGUGAGAAUAUAGCCAUUAGAGAGGCACUCAAGAAUGUAAUUUGCCCCUCUUGUGGGGGUCCUCCUGUUACGGAGGAUUCCUAUUUUGAUGAACACAAAUUAAGAAUGGAGAAUGCUCAAUUGAAAGAAGAGCUUGAUAGAGUUUCUAGCAUUGCUGCUAAAUACAUAGGGAGGCCAAUUUCCCAACUUCCUCCAGUGCAACCUGUUCACAUUUCUUCAUUGGAUUUAUCAAUGGGGAAUUUUGGAGGCCAAGGGAUUGGUGGUCCUUCACUUGAUCUUGACCUUGAUCUUAUCCCAUCUAGUUCAAAUUUGGCUUUCCAACCGCCAGGCAUUUCAGACAUGGACAAAUCCCUCAUGACUGAUGUUGCUGCAAAUGCUAUGGAGGAGUUGUUAAGGGUUUUGCAAACCAAUGAACCUUUAUGGAUGAAAUCGUCUGCUGAUGGGAGAGAUGUUCUUAAUCUCGAUAGCUACCAGAGGAUCUUUCCGAGGUCUAUGAGUCACUUAAAGAAUCCCAAUGUUCGAAUUGAAGCAUCCCGAGUUUCAGGUGUUGUUAUCAUGAAUGGUUUAGCCUUGGUUGACAUGUUUAUGGAUUCAAACAAGUGGGUUGAAUCAUUUCCCAUGAUCGUCUCUGUGGCAAAGACCAUUGAAGUAAUUUCAUCUGGAAUGCUGGGUGGUCACAGUGGUUCCUUGCAACUGAUGUAUGAAGAGUUGCAGGUGCUUUCACCCCUGGUUCCGACAAGGGAAUUUUGUAUCCUCCGUUAUUGUCAGCAAAUUGAGCAAGGCUUGUGGGCAAUUGUUAGCGUUUCAUAUGAUAUUCCACAGUUUGCUUCCCAAUUUCGAUGUCAUAGGCUUCCCUCUGGAUGCUUAAUUCAGGAUAUGCCUAAUGGAUACUCAAAGGUUACUUGGGUGGACCAUGUAGAGAUAGAAGACAAAACCCCAACUCAUCGGCUUUAUAGGGAUCUCAUUCACAGUGGUAUGGCCUUUGGAGCUGAACGGUGGCUUGCUACACUGCAAAGGAUGUGUGAAAGGGUGGCCUGUCAAAUGGUUUCAGGCAAUACAACCCGGGAUCUUGGAGGAGUAAUUCCAUCACAAGAAGGUAAGAGAAGCAUGAUGAAACUUGCCCAACGAAUGGUUAGCAGUUUCUGUUCUAGCAUCAGCACAUCUAACAGCCACCGAUGGAGCACGCUAUCUGGGAAUGAUGUUGGAGUUCGAGUUACACUUCAUAAGAGCACGGAUCCUGGCCAACCUAAUGGUGUAGUUCUAAGUGCAGCUACUACAUUUUCACUUCCAGUUUCUCCUCAAAAUGUUUUCAAUUUCUUCAAGGAUGAAAGAACUCGACCACAGUGGGAUGUACUCUCUAGCGGCAAUGCAGUCCAAGAAGUUGCCCAUAUCGCAAAUGGGUCACAUCCUGGGAACUGCAUAUCUGUUCUUCGAGCCUACAACACUAGUCAGAACAAUAUGUUAAUACUCCAAGAGAGCUGCGUAGACUCAUCAGGUUCACUUGUAGUCUAUUGUCCUGUUGAUCUACCAGCCAUCAACAUAGCAAUGAGCGGCGAGGACCCUUCUUAUAUACCCCUGCUGCCAUCAGGAUUCACCAUUUCACCUGAUGGCCAUCCGGACCAAGGAGAUGGUGCAUCAACUAGCUCUAAUACACAAGCAAGCAUGGCUAGGUCGAGUGGUUCACUAAUUACAGUAGCAUUUCAAAUAUUAGUCAGCAGCUUGCCGUCUGCUAAGCUGAACCUGGAGUCAGUGAAUACCGUUAAUAACCUUAUCAGCACCACCGUCCAGCAAAUUAAGGCUGCCUUGAAUUGUCCUAGUUCCUGA